CUUUGCAAUUUUCUGUCAAAAGUUCCUGGAUUACAAUUUACAACAAAAAUUAUAAAAAAAGAGCGAUAAAAUAUUUACUAAGAUACGCUAAUUAAUUACUCAUUCGAGCGACAACAUUGAAUAUUGAUCUACAAUUUCUGAUGAGUGUAAGUAGAGUGUAAAAAAACGUGUGCGUUAGACACAUUAAUAAAGAAGUGCAGUGAUUGAAUCAUAAUGAAAGCGUAUUCAGAAUAGCUAAUAGUAAGUGAAGUAUUGAGGAAACUAAAGUUCCGGCUUGCGUGUGCGUAUAGCUGAUAUGGGAGACAACGGGCCUUUUGUGGCUAAGCCAGCGCGAGGCUGGCUCCACCCGGAUUCUGUUUUAGCUGCUGAUGGCAUAACUUAUGCUGUAAGGUACAUUGGUUGUAUGGAAGUACUUACAUCUAUGAAGAAGUUGGAUUUUGAGACAAGAUCACAGGUGGCAAAAGAAUGUAUCGCCCGAGUCUGUGCAGCAGCAGGCCUGCGUUCCGCAGACAAAAAGCGCAGGGUGUGUCAGGCUGCAGCCAAUGCACUCGCAGCACGACCCAGAAUGUCACACUCGGGCUCCAAUGUGGCUCUCACUGUAUCCUCAAGAGCCAUAACACUCGCAGCGUUAGAAGGUGGUGAAACAAUUGCUAGACAUGAUAUGCCUCGAGUCUCCUUUGCUUCAGGAGGUGAUCAGGAUUCGCUGGACUUCGUGGCGUACGUGGCGAAGUCCGCGCCGCCCACCGAGUGGCGCGCGUGCUACGUGCUGGAGUGCGGCGGCCGGCUGUCGCAGGACGUCAUCGCGACCAUCGGGCAGGCGUUCGAGCUGCGCUUCAAGGAGUUCCUCACCAAACCACAGUCAUUAAACAUAAACGGCUCGCGCGGGCUGUGCGGUGCGGGCGAAGCGGCGGCCGGCAUCGACGAGCGCGAGCGGGACUACCGCGAGUACUACAACGACAUGCCCGACAAGAUCCCGCCGCCCGAGCCCUUCAGCCACCGCCACCCGCCGCCGCCGCCGCUGGCCUCCCUCGCGCCCAUAUCCUCCUGCGAGGAGAGCGUGCGCCACUACGUGAACCAGACGCCGCCGCCGCGCACGCCGCCCACCGCGCUGCUGCCGACACACAGCACCGACAUCUUCGACAUGCAGCCGUUCACCGCUGCGCCGGUGUCGUCGGCAACGUCGACCUCGCCCGCCACGUCGUCGUCGCCCGCCGAGGAUGUGCCGCCAACGCUGUCGCCCACCACGCAGGCUGCGUUGUUGGCGCGCGAGUCGUGGUACCACGGGCCUAUAUCUAGGAGUGCCGCUGAGAGGUUGGUGGUGGAGGAGGGCGAGUUCCUGGUGCGCCAGUCCACGGCGUGUCCGGGACAGUUCGUGCUCACGGGAGCAAGGCGCGGCGCGCACAAGCAUCUGCUGCUCGUCGACCCCAACGGAGUGGUGAGACAUCUUCAUAGCUAUUGUCAGUUGGUGGUGGAGGAGGGCGAGUUCCUGGUGCGCCAGUCCACGGCGUGUCCGGGACAGUUCGUGCUCACGGGAGCAAGGCGCGGCGCGCACAAGCAUCUGCUGCUCGUCGACCCCAACGGAGUGGUAAGAACAAAGGACCGCGUGUUCGAGAGCGUGCCCCACCUCAUCAAGUACCACUGCAGCAACGAGCUGCCCAUAGUGUCCGCCGACUCGGCGCUGUUGCUGCGCGCCCCCGUGCCGCGCCCCUCCUGAGAGCGCCGCGCGCGCCCCCGGUACGUGCUCACGUGAGUCAGUGCUGGGGGAACAUACCACUCACCUGGGGGGAAUGUAUGUGUAAGAGGUGCGAACUGUUUUGUACUAAAGCAAGCUGCCGCCAUUUUGAUAAUUUUCGGAAUCGCGGCUCACGAUAGAAGUUAUUAUUAUAUUGGAUAUUGGCGUGCACUACAUAGUGUAUACUCUAGCUAAAAACUAGUGCAUUUUUUUUUUAUUGUUUACAAGUUAGCCCUCGACUACAAUCUCACCUGAUGGUAAGUGACGACGUAGUCUUCGAUGGAAGCGGGCUAACUUGUAAGGAGGAGGAUGAAAAUCCACACCCCUUUCGGUUUCUACACGGCAUCGUACCGGAACGCUAAAUCGCUUGGCGGUACGCCUUUGCCGGUAGGGUGGUAACUAGCCACGGCUGAAGCCUCCCACCAGCCACAAAUGCCACUAGGUAGUGCAUGGACAAGUCAUAAAAAAAUGUUUGGUAACAUGUUACCAAGAUAUUUGUAGGUAAACAUCUAUUUACACCGUUUCAUUCGUAAUGUAUACAGUGUGUAUAUUAAAUCAUCUAUUAGUGUUAUUAUAAAAAAAAAUCAAGUACAAUUCAAGGAGUUACGAUUGUAACAAAGUUUAAAAAAUUGACUAAAAACUUUCAAAAUUUGAAACAUCCUGUAUAUUCAAAUAUGUAAUUAAAAAAAAUACAAUUUUUCUAUAAUAUCUCUGUAACGUAAAGCUUUGGGGAAACAUGUUAUACUUGUCAUUUUUUGUUUGUCUAUGUGACCUCUACCCAUACAAACCACUAACAUCUUGCGCCGCGAUUUCGAAAAAAUCAAAAUUGGUUAUGGCAAAUCAGUCAAUGGUAUUAAUGUACGCGUUGCAAAUGCGUCAUUUGCGCACAAACUCUGUUAAAUAUUCACUUCUUAUAUGUACGUCUAUGUAAUGGUACAUAGGAUUAUGAUUAUCGAAAAAAUCUGCUAUUUUUGGUCUAUUAUCUAAAUACGCACUAUUUACUGAAGCAUAAUGUUUAAAUUUUUUUUAUACAUACGACACUCAUAGAUUUGAUAUUUCCGAAUAUUAUGCAAAUUAACGCAUCUAUUAAUAAAGCGUAAAUAUUGCAUAAAUGACAUUUUAGUAAUUAUUAACAGUUUGCUAAUUACGCACUAAAGUUAUUUAAUUUUUUUUGUUGAUUGCGAGAGCCAAAAAUUUUCCAAUUAAUUUCGGAUUUUAUUUACGUUCACUAAUAUUAUUAUUCUAUACAAAUUACAUUUUAUAAUGUAUAUAAUAAUAAAUAUUACAUUCUGUAAUCGUAAUAAAUUCUUGUAAUAAAUAUGGCAUUCUGUAACAUAUUUAUCACGAGUACCUAAUCUAGUUCUAAAAUCAGGAAAUUGUGAAUAUUUUUAUGUUUUCGCCCAUGGCUUACUAAUCGAAUACGCAUUCAAUAAAUAAUCACAAUCUAAUUAAAUAAAAUGCACUUAAGUAGUACUUUACGUAAAACAAAUUACGUAUUCGUAAAUUAAUUUAUAUUAUUAAUUAACUAAAUAUUAAUGUUGGAACUUUUAUUCAAAAGAUAAAUAAUUAAUUCAAUAGUUUAAUUAGGAACAUUCUUCAAUGUUGGUUAUUAAAUAAUAAAUAAAUAGUGGGGAAUCCCUUUAAAUCGUCGACCUGUAGAUGUGCCUUUAGAAAACUUUUCCACUUAUGCUAUAUUAAGGAAUCAAUAUUUAAUAAUUAAUUUAUUGGAAUUUGUAGACCAAUAUCACUAUGUUAAUAGAUUUGAAGUCUUCUGCUUAUUUAGGCUAUUUGUAAUGCCAAAAAUUAUGUAGUAUCUGUUCUAGACUUCAAUAGUUUGUAGUAUAUCAUGACGUCAUUAGUAUGUUUCGAUGUGUUCGACAGAUGCAGGUAUUUUAUUUAUUCGUUCGUAACACUCCCGAUGGUCCGCGUGGGCCGGGAGAGGGGUAGCGAUGCCUCGCGCGCACGACUUCAUACCCGCGCAGUCCGUCGCCCGUCGCCCGCAUAUCAUGGGAGUGUCAGCAACGAUCUUACCAAAAUGUAGCAUACCAGCUAACGAUGUAACAAUGUUCUUAUAACUCGCUAGUGCGUUCAGUGGACAGGCAGCCUAAGUACCCUUAGCCGACGAACUUGUAUAAAAGGAUUGAAGUAAAGAAGAUAUGUAAUCUUCUUAUGUAUUCUUCUUAGAUCUUAACAAGUAGAAGGACAUGAUCCCAGCCUACUAUGAAGAAAUGGGACGUAACUUUAUUUAUGUAUGUAAAUAAUUUACCAAAACUAGGCACCUUACACAGGAACCAGCCGAUUAAAAACUAUUAUUGCACCAAUGUUUGUAGAUAUUCAUAAAUUAAACGAAUAUUGUAGAUUUCCUUAGCAAAAUUCUAUUGAUAAAUUUGUAUAAAUAAUUUUGUAUUUUUAAAUAUCAUACUUCUCCAUAGUAUUUGUAUGGAGAAAUAUGUAGUUGUAAUUCAAAAGUUAUUGGCAUUUUUCUUAUUUAAUGUAGUUUUUUGGCCUCGAAGAUCAAUGCAUUCUAGGUUAAACUUACUUUUUGAGAGGAAGCAAUAAUUGUUAUCAUUCCUAUAUAUAAAGUUUUGUGAUUAUGGAAUUGAAAAUGAUAGGACUUAAAUUUUGAUGGAUUUUAAUAUUUAAAUGUCUUGAUAUAGUGAUUUUUUGAGAAUGGCUACAUCAAGUUAGUCCUAUUUUUAUACCACUAUGGAAAUACAUAAAAAAUCAUUAUUCUAUGUGAUAUUGAAACGUUUUGUCCCAUAAUAAAUGUGAUUUGAAUUUUUAAACGCUUUACUAUCAAUUUAUGGGUUAUGCUGUAACUUUUUUUGCAGUUAGAAACUUCGAGUAUGUGUAAAAAUCGUAGUUAAAUGUUGAAAAACCUUACAGCAUAAUCCUGAUUAUAGUUUGUUUUAACCUAAUUUUGGUAUUUAUUAUACUGCUCAAAAUUAUCUAUCAUUAGAUAUUUUUUACAUUAUCAACAAUUCUUCUAUUUUUUAUUCACUAUAUUAUCGGAAAGUUUAUUUCUGACCAAAGGAGCUUCCAAUAAAAUGUAAGCCAAUGAUUUUCUUGUAAAGAUAUUUUAUGAAUUUGCUAGUCUUCACCAAAUUGUACUUGAGGGUGGAGGCAUAAUUGUAUAAUUUAGUGUAUAAGUUUCUGAACUGGCGCAUUGAAUAAUAUAUUACGUCUAUUAAAUGUAUCGAUGUAUAUUAAUUAUAAAGUCAUAUUUUGCAGUAAAACCAAUACUUAAGUUCAAGUUUGUGUCAAAGUCUCAAAUUGUCGAAUAAGAUCUAAAACAGGAGCCACGCUAGCGCGAUAAGUCUAUAGUGGAAGAGAAAUUAAUAUGUGACUAGCAGAGAAGACCUUUUAGCAGAGAAGAAUUUUAAAUAUUGACGUGGUUAAUAAAAAUAUUUAACCAACUUUAAUCUGCUGUCACGGUUUAAGGUCCGUUUAUAUCUACAGACACAGUGCGUCACAGACAAGUAGCGUGGCAGACACCCACAGACACCGUCUAUUCACACUGCCCAGCAGGUAGACACUUAAAGUCCUUUUCAUGAAAGAAGUCCCCCAGACGCGGCGCUAAUGUCUUAAUGACGCUUAUUGUCAUUUGGCAAUGGCGAUCUUAUUGUCAUUUGUGUGAGGCACUGUCAAUUUUAGUUCAGGUUUCAUGAAAAUGACUCUACAGACAUGAACCGCACAGACAUAAUAUUCUUUCCGCGAAUAUUGGCCGGACGCGGCCCGUGUCUGUCAACGUCUGCGCGGCCUAACGCGGAUAGAUAUAAACACUGUAUAGAAGAAUAUAUUUUGUCUGCCACGGCACGUGUAUGGCACGCUAAUGUCUGAAGAUAUAAACGUACCUUUACUCGUAUGUCUUCCGAUAAAUUGAAAUGAUCCAUAUAGGUAUGAAACUGUUAUUAAAGAAUAUAUUUUGUCUAAUCGGUCAAAAACAUCUAUUGUAUAGCCUGGGCCUGUAACUACACAUCAAUCCUCUUUCUACAAACUCUUCGAAAAUUAUAAAAUGUAUGGGGAUGACAUUCGUUAUCGAUAGGCCCAGACCAAUUAUAGAAGGACCUGUAUCACACUCAUAGUCACGAACAAAAUUGUCUGUCAUUUUCUGAAGAAAACGAGCUUAGAUUUGGUAUAUAUUUUAUACCUACUAAACUAGAAGUUUUUGCCCGUUUUUUAAACAAUUCAAUUACACAAAAAGGUAUUUUUACGGAGCUCUUUAACCGACGAACACGAUUACAACUAUUUAACAUUGAUUCUAUAGAGACAGUUUUUAUAAUCGCAUUAGAUCGUUGAUCAUAUACUUUGACAGAAAAGUAACGUCUAGCGAGGCAGGUCUUAUACAAUAAUUGGUCUGAGUCGAUAGGACAUAAGAUCAACUAUACAUUUUAUUAGUUUUCGAACUGUUAGCAUUUGUACAAUACUUAAUACAUAUUUAAUGUGAGUAUUUUUUUUUUAAUGAAGUUUUGAGCCUUACUCACCGCAGUCUCGACUUUCGUGGGUCUCCCCUAAACAAAUUUGAUGAGUUUGUAUCACGUAUUUUUGCUAUAUUCUGCAUUAUCUGAUUAGAUUAAAUUCUUCCAUGUUAUAAUUUUAAGCUCUCUGCAAUAGCUUUAUUGUAUAAACGUACCUACGAUUAAGUUUAAUUAUGUCAUUUAUAUAUUAUUCUUAUUAUUAUAUAAGAAACAUACAACCAUAGGUGCUACAUUACUUAAAUAAUCUUUAAUAAGUAAAACGUUAUUAUUAAGUAAACCAUCACAUAUUAUUAUAUUUACUUUGUAAGACUGUAUAUAAAGUUUUGUAGGACUAGGAGUUAGCAGCGUCUAUGUUAUAGAAACCGGUCCUACUAGCCAAGCGGCACGUCGAUUCUCUUUCUACUAUCGCUAACGCUUCGAAAACUAGAAAAAUGUAUGUCAAUGACAGAUCUUGAUCACUUGACCUGUCGAUAGCAAAUGUCACUCCCAUACAUCUUUCUCGUUUUCGAAGCGUUAGCGAUCGUAGAAAAAGAAUCGACGUGCCACUUAGCUAGGGGGGCAGAUUCCUGUGCGAAUUGACGAAGCGAAUCACGCUGCGAAUAGGGUUGUUGACAUAAAUCUAUCAAAUUUCAUAGAAAAUCAAUUUUUCCAAACGUCAAAAACGCUGUCGUCCAUUUUGUGAUUUCACAAUGUUACUUGAUGUACUAAAGGAAUAAACGUCAAACUAAUUAAUAACUAAUAAUUUUGACAAACACUAAACCGUUUGGUUAAGGUUUAAUAUUCGCGUGACGGCUUCUUGUAUUGUCAAAAAAAUAUUUAAAAGUUGCAAUUUUUCUGUAUUCACGUCUCGAAAAAAUAUGAUAUUUUUUUUCAAUCUAAUAAUGAUAAUGAACUAAUUAAGUUCGCGGACCCUGUGUCCUGGCGCGAAGAAUACAUGAAACUGUUCCACACACACGUUUGCGGUUUCGCGCGCGAUUCGCACGUGAAUGUGAAACGGCUAUAAGAGGUUGUCCAUAUAUACAGGGUGAUUCGGUCUUUAGUGCGGAUAUUUUUUUUCGUGGUUCUGUAUCAUUAAUAGAAUAUAAAUCUACAAACAGUUCGAUACAUUUUAUGUAAUUUUUUUUUUUAUUUAUGUCUCUAAAAUAACAAAAUAAUGUACAUAUUAUUACUAAACAAGGUAUAUUCAGCUUAAAAGUGAUCUGGUGACGUCCUUUAGGUAUCAAACGAAAAUAAAAUAAACGCACAAUAGGGUGACCCUAAAAUUCUGUUCAAAAGUAAAUAACUUUAGCUAACGAUAAUUUUGUUAUUUUUGAGUUAAAAAAAAAAAGAAAAAAUACGUGAUCAUUAAAUUUUGUUUAUGUACAAAAUAUAAAAAUAUCCGCACAAAAAAAAUUUUCUUCCUGUAUAAAGCCGGCUCUAGACGAAUGUAACGCGUAAUGUGAGGUUUACGUGUAAUUACCGUCAACAAUGUGGACGACACACGAUCACGAUUCAAAGCGAAUUGUGUACGCGAAUCUAUUUCAAUUGCUGUUUCCACUCAAUUGCUAUGAACAUGCCGAAUAGGAGGGCAUGUGUUCGCGUUCGUGUUAUUUCAAUAUAUGACUUGUUGCUCAUUUGUUUUGUAUGCAUUUUUGACUUACUGGGUGCGUGCGUCGCCCUCUCGCGCUGCGACGUUGUACGUCGUCGCAAAGCAGGUGUGGCAUACAAUGCGUUGAUUCGUUGCGACGACGCAACGAAACUAAUGUGGCAUCGCCCUUAAUAGGCCAACAAGUGCUCAAAUCAUUAGUAAGGUAUUAAUAAAUUGCAAGGAUUUCCAUAAAAAGAGGAAUUCUCGCUUAUUGGUGAUAGAAUUGGAAUUGAGAGAUGGAGACUGAGAGUAUUGGCCCAGUUAAGGAAUGAAAUGUAUGGCCUAAUUUUGAUAAUCCAAUGUUUUUUUUAUAUUUUACAAAUGUAAUAUUUAAUAUGGAAGUAGAAUCUAGUUAUGAUGAUGGCUUGUUUUAUUGAUUGAAAUUCGACGUUGCUAUCUCCUGAAGCUUGGGUAUUGUAAAAACUAUGUUGUGUCAUUUAUAAUGCUUUAAUAAUUUUGACGCCGCCAAUUAAUUAUAUUGUAAUUGAUUUUAUAGUUAUUUUAUAUAAACAAAAUAUUCUUUAAUAUUAAUCGUCUCGAUAAACUUGCACUUUAUAAUGGCAAAUAUAUUUAAAAAAUAUUAAUUAUUUACUUCUAUACCUGUCUUGAAUUUACUAAUUAGUUAAGUAAAGAGCAGUUUUAUUUACGACUGAAAUGCUAGAUUUUAGUUUGCACUUAAAUUGUAGAUCAAUUGUCACUUAAUAUUUAAAGUUAUUUUAUCCAGUUUUUAUGUCUACAAUUUAGUAGAAAGCUUGUUCGUAACUCCAGUAUUUGUUGGGAGUAAAAAUCUAUGGAAAUGUAAAAACGUACGGCCAAAGUCAUUGUACAGAAUUGCAUUUCGUGACGUCAGAAUUUGUGACCUCUUUGUGCAAUAACUACUUACAUUAUUAGACGACAUAAAAAGCAGUUCUUCAAAAAUCGUAUCUGAAGACUUUGCAAUAUUAUACUACGUCUGUCAGUAUACUCCGCGCCACGAAACAAGUCCCGUAGACGCGGCGCUAAUGUUUCUAUGGCGCUCAUUGUCAUUUGGUAAUGGCAGUCAUAAUGUCAUUUGUGUAAGGCGCUGUCAAUUUUAGUUCAAAUUUUCGCCGCGGGACGUCUCGUGGCGCGGUGUCUAGUCUCUAUCGCGGACAGAGAAGCAUAGACAUACUAGAGAAAUAAAUCGGCUAUGAAAUAACAAAGACAAUGAAGAAAGACGAAACAUUUCAAGUUACUUAAUACGAAAAGUUGAAUUUUUAGGGUUUUCUUUAUUUGACGAGUUACACCCAGCACUGCACACAUUACCAUUAAUUGCACUUGAAACUUGAUGUAUUAUUAAAAAAAGCGUAUUUAAAAAUUUGUUUUGUUACUACCAUGGUCUCACAGUCCCUUAUGGUGUUUGACAAUUGUCUUGUAAUCCAUUUCCCUCUAACAUAAGGUUGCAAUAACGUUGUCUCUUUCUCAUUGCCGAUCUAUUUCUCUAGUAUAUCUAUGCUUAAAAGUAAAUAGAUGAAAAAAACUAUAUCCUAGACAGAGAAGUAAAUAGACAAUAGGCUAGGUGUUCACGUGGGAUCAUUUUGUGAAGUGUCGAAAAACAAAAACUAUAUCUAACCGCGAAAUGAUGUGAUAAAGAAGCACUAGUAUUUGACGUUGAAAAAAACACUAUAAUUAAAUAAUCACUACUAAUCUGUAAUUCUAUACUAUAAGAUUAUAAAAGUGGUAGAAGUGUAGAGGUUGUACCCCCACAUCUACCUCUAAUCUCUGGAUUUUGAAAAUUCCAAUAGAAAACCAAGUUUCAUUAGGGGCGUCUAUUGGGCCCGUCGACUAAUUUUGAUACAGGGCUCGCUACGCCACUGAGUCAUAUGCUAUAAAAUGUUGUUCUGAUAUUUCCACGGGAACGGGAAUUACGCGGGUGAAACCGCCGGACGUCGAAUAGUAGUUAAUAACAUACAUAAUACCAUGAAACAAAAAAUGAUAAAAUGUAUACCUUUAUGGGGCAGUGGUAGUAUAUGCUUUCUGUCUAUUUACUUCCAAGUCUAUGGCCUCUAUAAAAAAUGUAGCUAUAAUCCUUGCUUUGGAUUCCGUUAAAAAGUGCCCUAACCCAACUGUUUUCUUGAAAUUAAAGAUCGUCUAUCAAUGUUAACACUGACUUACAUGAAAUAAAAUGUGAUUUAUAGAAAUAAACAUAAAUAUAUCUAAUAACUGUUUCAAUUGUUUGGCGGCAUACACCAUGUACCUACCUUUUAGUAAUCCUUUCUUAUCCUCCCAUUUGUAAUAUUCAGUUCGGUUAUACCAGAGCUUGUUCGACGUACUACCACCCUACCACCAUUCAUGAAUAGAAAACUAGUUUGGCAAAACCACAGAUUAAAGAAUAAUAAAUAGGCAGAUAGAGUACGGAACACGGCAGUGAUGCAGCUAUUCUAAAUACUAAUACAUUCUACAAUCAGUAUGACACAAAGCAUCACAUCACUAUUUAAAAAACUGUUUACAAUAACUACAAAACCAAAACGAUGCAUUUUUAAGUAGGUAGUUAUUGAAUAUUUAUUGAUUGAAUCGUCGAUAGUGAAAUGAAAAUUAUGAAAAAGUUCGUAUAUUGGUAGAUAGAAACAUUAUGCGGAUAUCAAGGAGACGCACGCGUGACUUUUUUAUGGGUUUCACUGCGCGGCUUGUAAAUACUCAUUAUGUAUCAUUCUCUAGUCUGUGGCCAAAACUUAUUCAAUGAAAUGUCAUUUAACUUUUUAAUUUUAUUUUGGUUCACAUGGGGGGAUUCUUCGAUGGAAAGGCAAGUUAGCUGGGUUAUUUGCUAAUUCAGUAACUUUCUGAAAAUUAAAUACAUUACUCUCAUUUUACAUUCAAUAGUUUUCUAUACAAAAUAUGAUACAAUAUAUUUCUUUGUACGACUCAAUGAAGUUGUAAUACUAACCUACUAGUCUAAAACCAGGCACUAUUGGCUUAUCCUACGACAGACACCGAGUUAGCAAAUAACCCACCAGAACAUAUAAAAUAAAAAAAAAACUUUUAGAUAUUUUAUAAGUUUAAUAAAAAAAUUACAUUACAGUAUAAACAGUAAGGUCAUAAAUGGCAGUGAUGUUAAUAUUACUUAUUAAUUACAUCAGUAUUCACUAUACGUCCAACGUCCACUUUACCAGGCGCCGGCCUCGGGCCACCAGAAAAAGAAAUAAUACAGCCAACAUGAAAUCUCACAACAUCGAUAAAACUUCAGAAAUAACCAACGAGCUGGUGGCCGGGGCGGCGCCGCUGCCGACCUCUGCCUAACCAUUGCCUAACGGUCCGGCCACUUUUGGAACACGUCAUGACACAUGUAAAGUCAAAUCAAAUGGCCAUACAUACAAGUACAGAAAAUCAGUUUGCGUUAAAUUUGACAUUCUGGUGUUAUAGAUAAGGUAAUUAUCUAAAUACAGUCACUGAAAUGUCAGAAUACAACUUCUUGUGUUGAUAAACAAUACACUAACAGAAUGUGGUGUUGUGCCAAGUAAAAACAAUACACUUCUCAUUAAAAAAAAAAAACAAAA